AUGAGAGAGAGCCGGAGUGAGUGAGACAAAAUAAGAAAAAGGGAGAAGGAGAAUAAUAGAUAACACUGAGCUGCAGAGUCGCUGUUUAUGUUGUGAUUUGAAACUGCAGAGGAUGGCGCUUUCUGGGGUGAUUUGCAGAAAAAUGUCUCCCGUGCAACUUGAUUAUCUCUCUAAAUUUAAUACAAAUCUUAAGUCCCUGAAAAAGAACAGAAAAAAAAGCUUUCUUUAUCUCUCUGCUCCUCGUCUCCGGCUCCUUCUCUUCGCAGCCAAUCAAAACCCAAAGUGAAUUAUGAUAAAGGGGGGGAAAAAAAGGGGAAGUAGAGAAAGCGGCGGGGUGAACGCCCGCGUGGUUGAAUUUCCAUAUAGAUAGACGAGCACAUUAAACUUGUCUAUCUGCGAGCUCACUGUCCAUUCUUCCUCUUAUUACAUUUUGAUGGAAAGAUGGCCGCUCCAUCGACAUCAUCCACUCGCGUCGCCCCCCACUCUCUCUCUGUCGUGUUCCUAUCUGCCCCCGGACACUUGAUUGUUUCUGAACCGGUGUUGACCCCAUAAAGAGGAACCGUGCGCCUGGUUUCCCCGCCACAGUUUGUUGUGUUCAUUCGUAAUCUCGAGGUUGUUAUUGCUCAAUUUUCUUCCUCCUUGUAAAACCUGCAUGUUUCCUCAGCGGUGAAGGAGGGCGGGCGAAGAAGAAGAAGAAGACGAAGAAGAAGAAGAAGAAGAAGGGUUAAAGAAAGGAGAGGACAGACAGCUCCUCAUCACGGUGCUUCCAGGCUUACAUGUAAAUUAAAACGCAAUUAAAAACAGGCAAAUAAGCUGUUCCCGGGAGAUGAGGGAAGGAAAGGAGAGGAGGGGGUGAGGGAGGAAAGGGCUCUCAGGAUAAGGGGCCUGCGUCACUCAUCAUUAGCAUGGCAUUAGAGUGAAGGGAGCUAAAUCUGAGCACCGGGUCACGGGCACAUUUAGCUGCGUCUGCUACGAGGGGAAAUAAGCGCAGCAUCCCCGCACAAGAGGGAAUCGUUCCUGCUUUCAAAUCCACACAAUUACUCGGCGCAUUAUUCGGCUAUUGUUCUCCGAGGUGCACCAUUGUGUUGCUUUGGCUCACUAUUGUGAUUUCCUGCACAGAGCACGAGAGCAGCAUCUAUCAUUGAUGUGCAGUAGAUGAAUAAUUUCAACACAGAGGAGCACGGCGCUGCGUUCAAGAACACAGAGGGGGUGCAGCUUUCUUUUUGCAGACAGACAUGCAUGCUAUCCCCCCUCUCUCUCUCUCUCUCUCUCUCUCUCCUCUCUCUCUUGUCGUGCUGCAGCUCAAUACUGUAUCGACGAGUCGUGCAUUCAGCUGCCGGGAUUCCACUGCACCACCACCUCCUCCCUCGACCCUCACCCCUGCCUGCCCCCCUCCCUUGGAAGCCUGCGUAAGCCCUCCCUGCACCCCCUCCUUCCACCUCCUGGGUAUGUUGGGGAUCAAUGGGGGAAGCGUAUGCUGGUGGAAGAGGAGGCAGCGGCGGCGGCGGCGGUGGUGGUGGUGGUUUGA